AUGGACCCACACGCCUGGGUUCUUACCGUGGUAUCUCAAGUCCCAGUAAAGACACGCGUUCAGAACAAUAAGAUUUUCAACCGAGGGCGUAUGGGCGUGUGGCUGAGAUCGUAUCGCAAUCGAACAGUCCGAACCCGUUCAGAAAUGCGUGCAAAUUUGUGUAUGCACAGAGUUUACGAGCACAGGGACUUGCACUGUGCAAGAAUGCCAUCGGCUCACAGGCAUGCGCUACCCUGCGCUCACAUGGCAGCACCAAGCCUCGGUCAUUCAGGCUUAAGAGAAUGUUUUCUCGGCUCAUCGGCUUUUCGCUAG